CAUGAAAAUUUUGCGCAUUCCCAAGUUUUUGCUGAUCCUGUCCGGUGUGUGUGUGAUUUUGCCGACCGUACUUUUAACUGGAUUGAUUGAUGGUGCAUUUAAUUAAUUGAUUAAUAUUUGAAACUACAAAAACAAAAUGGCGUCCGCGUCGACAAAAUGGCUUCUGGUUUUAUUCAUGGCGGCGUUUGUGGGUGCUGACGAUAUCGAUGUGGAAGUAAGCACUGGGAUGAUGAUAAAAAUGUUGAGAGAAAUGGCAAAUCAAACAAAUAGUGACACGUUAAAUCUACCAGCCAAUGCGACAUCUAUAAGAGAAAAUAUUACGGACACAUUCAGUUGCGAGAAUCGAACCUACGGCUAUUACGCUGACGUGGACAACGAGUGUCAACUCUUCCACGUGUGCCUGCCGUCUCAGACUCCUUCAGGGAGGAACAUCACCUAUAGAUGGAGUUUCAUCUGCCCCGGAGAGACUAUCUUCAAUCAGGAGGUUUUAGUCUGCACAAGACCCAUUGACUCCAUUCCGUGUGAAGAGUCUGAAAUGUACUACGAUGUCAACGACGAAUUCGGCAAAGUGACGAACGAGACGAAAAAAGAGGAAGCUACUACUGAGAAAAACAAAAGCGCAUCAAGAUUACCAGAAAGAGUUAGAAAUAAUCAGAAAAGGAAACAAAACAUGAUUGAUAUUAAUCAUAAGAAUGUUAUACCAGAAGAGUUACUCAAAGAUAUAGUCAAUGAAGAGCUUAAUAAAGAUUAUGAAGAAUUCGAAGUGAAAGAUGUUGAAAUGAAUCCAAAUGUUGUGGGUGCUGUUGAAACGGAAAUUGAACCUCAAAUGAUGAGUGUUAAAGAUGAUUUUGCAGAAGAUCUAGAUUCAAGAUUUGCUGCUGAAAGGAGUAUGAAAUGGAGAGGUCGUAGAGUGGGAAGAGGAAGCUAUAGGUAUGAUCCUGAAGCCUAAUUUAAAUUGAGAUGUAAGUCUUUUUAGUUAUGGAUUGUAAAUACGAGAAAUA